UCGCGCCGUUUUUAUCUGCCUCACCAGCUCCGGUUUCCCCCCGUUCAGCCUUUCCCCCCGUCAACUGCCGCCAUGUUUUUCUGAGGCAGGAUGACAGCAGAGAGUGAGCGCAGACGAAGACGGAUAUAAGACUGAAAAACCGUCGAAUUACAGCAUUUUUUUCCCUACCAGGCGACUGUUUUUUUAUUGCGGAGUCCGGGGAAUUCAUUUCUCGGUAUAUUUGCAAAAACCAAGGGCUGAACUCUAGUAUUAUUUUGUUUUCUUAUGGCGUAGGCACAUUUUCCUAAUAUAUAUCCUUUUUAUUUCAGGAUGGGAGGGGGUCCUCCCACAUAAAUGUAAAAUCCAGAAACUAUUGUUUCCUCCGUUUUGAAGUUUAUACCAUGAAAAAGCAAAAAGUCAGAAGCCUAUCUAAAGAAGAAGAACGUUUUCCUGCCUGCGCUUAACUACCUCUACCAGCGAACCUACAGGAAUAACCAGACGAGUGAUCUCUGCAUGAUCAACUGCUUUACCAAGAGUCACCUGCUGUCGAAACUUUGUUUCUUAAGCAAGCUGAACAUAGAAAAACGACUUUUAAUAUAAUCUAAAGUGAGGAUCCGACAGAGCACAUCUCAAAGAUGACGGGCAACAUCCCUGUCGACAUGAUCAACUUGAGGCUCAUCUUGGUGAGUGGAAAAACAAAAGAGUUCCUGUUCUCGCCAAAUGACUCCGCGGCUGACAUCGCCAAGCACGUGUACGAUAACUGGCCAAUGGACUGGGAAGAGGAACAAGUGAGCAGUCCGAACAUCCUGCGCCUCAUCUACCAGGGCCGAUUCCUACAUGGCAAUGUGACGCUAGGAGCUUUAAAACUGCCUCUUGGAAAAACCACAGUGAUGCAUUUAGUUGCCAGAGAGACGCUGCCCGAGCCAAAUUCCCAAGGUCAAAGGAACCGGGAAAAGACCGGAGAGAGCAACUGUUGUGUGAUCCUGUAAAUACAUCCCUUCAUCCCUCAGAAUGAGUGUGUCCCAUCACCCUUCGCCCAUGCUGCUUAAACACAACUACUCACACCUGACCGGAACGAGAGCUUCACUUCACAACCUCGAGAGCAGCAGAUAAUAAAACGCAUCCUGCUGUCACCCCCACACACAUCUUUUCUCAUCAUUCUACCUUCAUGCACACCCAGCAGACCUGUAACUCGUUUCAUCAUGCACACACUCACACACACACACACACACACACACACACACACAGACAAGCACUCCUUCCCUUUCUACCGGUUUGCACAAGGAGGAGGCCCGUUUUUUAUUGCACAUGGUAAACAUGAAUGAUUCAGUUUGGAAGAAGAGACUCGCCCUUGAUUCUUCCUCUCAGGAGGGAGACAUGUGAGGGGUAAAAGAAUUUACACAGGGUCUGAUGAACUUUUCACAUUUAACGAUGCACCACGUGCUCACCAGGCUUGGCUCGGAUCCGGUGCGGAGGCGGGAAGGCAUGCCGUCACCUACGUCUGAAAUAAUAGCACACGCUUCACUGGCGGUUUAACCUCCACUUCACACGCCCUCCCGAUGAAAUACUAAUCACCACAUGUAGUUCAACACAGGAGAACAAGUAUUGAUGUGCCUGAUGAACGUUUUGGAAAUGUUUAUUAUACAUUUCCAUGUGUUUUAAAUGCCCCAUUCUGGUCCUGGAGAUCCAGCAUCCUGCUUUAACAAGUUCCGGUGCUCGAUUAGCCGGUUCGGGUGUGUUUUGAGUGCAGGAGUUGGGACUUUGCAGGAAGGUAGAUCUCCAGAAGUUCAUGGAAAGUCUAAAUAAUGCAUAAUGAGUAACAGUGACAUUUGCGGCUGUGUUUUGACAGUCAAACAGUGUUGCGUCUGCCCUCUUUAGAUAGAUCUGAGCUGCUCUCUUUCAGGAAGGGUAAGAUUUAUCUCUUUAUUUUCUAAGUGUAGUGGUGUAAAUUAAUGCUUGCGUUUGGAGCCAGAAGAUUAACUAUGGAAUGAAGUUUGGCUUGGUUUAUCUAUUUCCCCUUCCCUGUUAGAUAUAAAAUUUGUUUGCACAAUACAGAAACACAUGCUGUUUCAUUUCUAAAUCUGUGUAAUUUUUCUUUCUCCUCAUCCCUUUUUAAUAUUUUUCCAAAUGGGAAUUGUAUUCGAAGGUUACAUAUGUGUAGAGUAUAUUUAAUAUGAAUCUUAUAGAGAACAUAACUAUAGAUUGUUGAUAUAUAUUGGUGUCUAGUGUAUGAUAGUCUAAAAACAGUUAGCACAUUAGCAUUUGGAGCAGUGAGAUGCUGACAAUGUCAUGUACUUUAACAGCAGCAAACCCCUCUCUAAUGGCUGAAGAAAUUACUGUACUGUGUUUCUUGUUUUUUCUUCAAAUGUUUAUAAUUUGAUAUCUUUUUUUCUUCCAUUGUCUUUUUCUGUUUAUGUGGUUUUUGCUUUCUGCAUUUUAACACCGCAUUAGGUCUGAAAAAUAUUGGUCCUUAUCAGGGUUCAAAUCUGUACAGAGCUGAAAUUUUUAAAAAUAUAAUUGUAAAUAAAACUAAUGCUUCUCAUUCUCUAAACUACAAAUGGAAAUACAUCUAUAAACUGAAUAAAGAAUCCAGAAUAUUGAAGUCAAA